AUGUCUCGCUUCUCGUUCUUCCUCGGGGUUCUCCUCUUUUUACUUCCAGCUCAACACGUAUUCGCCGCGAACACUAUCAUCUGGAAGAACCGUUGCGACUACGAUCUUUACUUCUGGGUCAUCCCUCCUCUCACACCGGAGCGCGAUGAUGCCUUCACAGUUGUGCCUGCCCGAGGCGAACACGUCCACACCAUGGUAUGGCACAAGGAUGGCGGUAUCAGCCUCAAGUACCGAGACGUACCCUACUACACUAGGGCGCCCGCGGGCAUUCUACAAGCGGAAUAUACCCUGGAUCGAAACCAGGGAAAGACCUUUUACGAUUCCAGUAUCAUCAACUGUGGAAGGGGUGUUGGUCCCCAGGACCCUUCUUACUGCCCGUUCGCACAUGGUGGUGUAAACAUGUACAUCGUAGGGGACAGAGGGUUUGGCUUCCACUGUGAGGACGCAUACUGCAGGCUAGGGGGUAAUUGUGACAAGAAGACGUACUUGAUUCCGGGAGGUUACAAGGGCGAGCCAAGCUUCUCGUGUCCUCUUGGGGUGGACAUCGUGUUCGAGACUUGUACUGAGGCUUCUGUGGAGAGAACGUGGCAGGAUGGGAAACCUGGUCCUGCACCUGCACUAUGGCAACCGCGACCGCCUCCGCCUUCGCGUCCAUCUGCUGCUCCGUGGCCACAACAGCAUACUUUGAAGGCUACAACGACAAGAGAUGCCGCCACCGUCACGAACAAUGUCUCCGUUACCGGUGCCCCCCAGCCAAUGUGGCCCAACCGGCCGGAGACGUAUCCGGUCCCGGACGGAUUCCCCGAUAAAACAAUCUGUUUCGAUGCAGACUGCUGGUGCUACGGUUUCUGGGGCAACGAGCAACCUGGACGAGCCGACUGUGGAGACCUCGAUGGCGUCCUCCAGUGUUACUUCUUCCAGGACUGUGAACAGCGGUACCGAACCGGAAGAAAAAGAUACGAGCGGGACUGA